CAUUCGUUCCCGUACCGUUCGAUCUGUUGACAUCAAGCUGACAGUCGUUCAUGAAGAUAUGAUCGCAAGAAUGAUGAUCUGACAUGACCUAUUCGGCCGCGGAGCCGCUGCGGAGCCGCAGCCUCGGCUGAACUCAAAUGUGGCCCCCGAUGCAGGGCAACAUGAACUUACCUUGGUAUUUCCUGCAUCACGAAGGCAAGGCCACAAAUGUAUUUGAGGGGCAUCAGUAUGGUCGAACGACUAGUAUCCUGACAUCCCAGAUCAAGAUUCUACUGUACCAUCAUCAACAGUCCUCGGACCGGCUGAAUACUCGUUGGUUCAACAGCACUACAACAGCGAUGCCUCGACAAAAAAUAACACUCUUUUUCGACCUACACAGCCCUUACUCUUACCUAGCAUUCUACGUGCUCAAAAACUCCCCAAUCUUCAAACAAUGCGACACAACAUACAUACCAGUCCUGCUGGUCGCGUUCAUCAAGCUAGUCGGCCUGAACCCUCCAUGGAGCAGUCCAAAUAAAGUAAACUACCUGUGGACCGACAUGGCGAGAUGGUGCGCAGAAUACAACAUCCCGUGGAAACAAGGGUUCCCGGAGAACUAUCCGUUCAAAGUCACUACUUUAAAGAUUCAAAGGAUCUUGACGGCUUGUAUGAUCGAAAGUCCCUUGUGCCACGCCGACCUAGUCGCAGCACUGUACCAUGCGUUCUGGGUCGAGAAGAAAGGCGUACAACUUCCCGAAGUGCACGAACCCAUUGUGAUCAAAAUUCUUGGCCAGAACGUUGGGACGAGGAUCAUUGAAAGGAGCACUUCGGAAGAAGUCAAAGCAUUGCUGAAACAGAAUACUGAAGAUGCGGUUGCGAGUGGUGCGCCGGGUUUACCAUGGAUCAAGGCAGUCAAUGCCACGGGACGAGAAGAGUGCUUCUUCGGCUUUGACCACAUAGGUCAGGUCACCAGAUUCUUGGGACUUGAGAAAUUGAAUGGCCCUCAUCUGUGAUAGGGUGAAAAACUACAAUGAUUGUCCUGCUUAGAUCUUCCAUCACAACUUCCCACCAGUCUCCCUGGCCGCACGCUCCCUCAAUUGCCGUCGAAGAAUCUUGCCUGACUAGAUCAUACCAUUAGCUCUGGUGAAGGCCGCAUUUGGACAAAACCUACCGGGUUCUUGGGGAUAGAAUCGACAAAUGCAACUCCGCCUGUCAACCACUUGAUCUUCGACACACGCGCUCGCACAUAGUCUGCGACAUCCCCCGCUGUGAUCGAGAAUCCAGGUUUCAACACCACGUACGCACGAGGGUUUUCGUCGUCGGUGGCA